UAGGCCUGGGGACCCCAAGGGGCGACGCCGGCCAGGGACAUGGUUGAGGGGUGAGGGUAGAGGAGGGUGUGAAACCUCAACUAGGGACCGGGGCCGGGGCCACACAAACGAGGUGGAGAAGCGUCCAGGACAGCGAUCCGGGAGGGGGCCCACCGGAGCGGGGCGGGUCCGGAGCAAGGGGGAGGGGUGCAGGGGGCAGGACUGGGGAGGGGUGUCGAGGCCGGGCGCCGGGAUAGGGCAGGCACUGCCGCCUGGGUCCCGUGACGCCGGUGGGAGCGAGCGGGUCACGAGUGCCUAGUCUGCAGACCGCGGUGACGGCGACAUGGCCUCGGAGCAGGACGUCCGCGCCCGGCUGCAGCGCGCGGGCCAGGAACACCUCCUGCGCUUCUGCGGGGAGCUGGCGCCGGGGCCGCGCGCGGCGCUGCUGGCCGAGCUGGAGGCGCUGGAGCCCGACGCGCUGCGCGAGCACUGCCGGCGCGCGGCCGCCGCUUGCGCGCGCCCCCUGGGCCCGCUGCCCGACCUGGCCGCGCGCCUCCAGCCCCUGCCCCCCGAGCGCGUGGGCAGCGCGAGUCGCAGCGACCCCGAGACUCUGCGGCUCUGGGAGGAGGAAGGUUUUCACCAGAUCGCCCAGAACAAGGUGGCUGUGCUGUUGCUGGCUGGCGGGCAGGGCACUCGCCUAGGUGUGACGUACCCCAAGGGUAUGUACCAGGUGGGGCUGCCCAGCCAGAAGACCCUGUAUCAGCUGCAGGCAGAACGGAUUCGGCGGGUGGAACAGCUGGCUGGUCAGCGCUACCACACCCACUGCACCAUACCCUGGUACAUCAUGACGAGUGAGUUCACACUGGAACCCACGGCCAAGUUCUUUAAAGAGCAUGGCUUUUUCCACCUGGACCCUGACAAUGUGAUCAUGUUUGAGCAGCGAAUGCUGCCUGCUGUGACUUUCAAUGGCAAGGCCAUCCUGGAACGGAAGGACAAGAUUGCCAUGGCCCCAGAUGGCAAUGGGGGCCUGUACUGUGCAUUGAUGGACAACCAUAUCCUAGAAGACAUGGAGCGCCGAGGAGUGGAGUUUGUGCAUGUAUACUGUGUGGACAACAUCCUGGUGCGCCUGCCCGACCCAGUCUUCAUUGGCUUCUGCGUGCUUCGAGGUGCCGACUGUGGUGCUAAGGUGGUGGAGAAGGCUUACCCAGAGGAGCCCGUCGGAGUGGUGUGCCAGGUAGAUGGUGUGCCCCAGGUGGUGGAGUACAGUGAGAUCAGCCCAGAGAUUGCCCAGCUCUGUGGGCCCGAGGGGGGCCUGCUCUACAGUGAGGGCAACAUCUGCAACCACUUCUUCACACGAGGCUUCCUCCAGAUGGUCACCAGGGAGUUUGAGCCCCUGCUGAAGCCACACGUGGCUGUGAAGAAGGUCCCAUACGUGGAUGAGGAGGGAAAUUUGGUAAAGCCGCCAAAACCGAAUGGGAUAAAGAUGGAGAAGUUUGUGUUUGAUGUGUUCCCGUUUGCUAAAAACUUCGUGGCCUUUGAGGUGCUAAGAGAGGAGGAGUUCUCCCCACUGAAGAAUGCAGACUCAGGCGACAGGGACACCCCCUCCACAGCACGGCGGGCCCUGCUGGCUCAGCACUACCGCUGGGCCCUGAGGGCUGGGGCGCAAUUCCUGGAUGCGUGUGGGGCCCGGCUCCCCGAACUGCCCAGCCUGCCUGGCAGUGGAGACCCUCCAGUCAUCUGUGAGAUCUCACCCUUAGUGUCCUGCUUUGGAGAGGAUCUGGAAACCUACCUGCAGGGCCGGGAGUUCCAGUCCCCACUCAUCCUGGAUGAGAACAGGGCCAGGGCCCUGCGGCCUUGACCCACUCUGGAGCCUGCCAACCCUGGGAUCUGUGGUGGUGAGAUGGCCUGCCACCUGCCUGUUGCAGAUGUGUGUUUAGGAUCCCCUGCUGCACCAAGCCUUUCUGCAAAUGGACAUGUGGGACCAGUCUUCCCUCACAGAGCCACUUGCUUUUAAAGGGCUGCCCCACCUCCCUGGCAGCUGUACCCACACUGGGAUGAGGUUGGGGUACAACCACCCCACCCACCUAGCGUGCCUUGACCACAGCAGAGCUGGCUCUUCAAGCAAGGCCCACACACUCUAAAUGGAAUUCUUGCUUCCUGGAACCCUGACCCCUGUCCCCUUCUCAGGGUGCUUUAGGUAGCUACAUGUGCCUCUCAAGAACCAGUGGGACCAACAGCAGGACCUCCUGUGGUGGUCAACAGACCUGAGACUGAACCUGGCAGGGAGUACCAUCCCUGGUUGGUUGCUGGCAGGGCCAGGUCUUUGGACAGAUCUCCCAGCCCUCCAGGGGGUGGGAUACAUUACUGCAACUGAGGCAGGAGGCCCUGCUGACUUCAGUCUCCUGUCCUGGCCUUACUAUUCUGGGCCCAGUGCCUUAAGCAGGAACAGCUAGUAAUACAAACCUCUCCUGCCCAGAUGAAGAACACAUAACACAAAACACCCUUACCUGCCUGGAUUCAGUGAUUCCCCAGAGAAGGGGUGGAAGCUGAUAGGAUGGUGGCUGUAUCCAGGGAUUUCAGCCUGGGCAGGGUACAGGGUCAGCGCCUAGCCACUGAGAUGACCUGGCUCUGUGGACAUCUCAGAACCACCUUUGCUCUAGGAAUGUCUCCCAACUGCUCCACCAGCAGAGGAGUCAACCAAAGUGGCCACUCUGUCCUGCUCAGAGCCAUCCUCACUGUCCAAAGUGGACAACCACAACCCCACAACCUUUUUACAUGAGUGCACAUGUGGGCAAACUCGUGAAACAACUCAAUUAUUAUUAUUUUUUUUUAAUUUCCAAGCCAUAAAGCCUAAGCAUGAGAUUGUAAACAUCAGAAUGACCCUCUGGACUAUUCAUUUCCUGGUUGCACACAACCUCUGCAUUGUCAUUAUGGAGUGCCAACUGGAAACGAGUCCGGCCAAGUCACUUGUUACAGAAGUGACCUGGUGGCACUUUGCACUACUGGACAAAUCUGUUCCACACCCUCGAGAUUCCUGCUACUUUUGUAGCAUUGCACACGCGCGCGCACACACACACACACACACACACACACACACACCCCAAUUUCUAACCCUAGAAAGUCUCUGAUGAGGCUGAAAAUGGCUCAACCCCCGGUUGUUACAGAUUGUGGGAUUUCCCAAUAAACACAGGUGCUCUGA